AUAGACUUUUUAGGGUUCUUAUUUAUUAUUCUACACAAAAUCCAAAAACCUGUCCCUCAGUCCCAGCUGCCGCAGGCCAUCUUGCUUUUUUUAUAAUAAUUUGCCAGGAUGUCGGAGGGUCAAGAAACGGAUAAGAACAUUGAGAUUUGGAAGAUCAAGAAGCUUAUAAAGGCACUGGAAGCUGCUAGAGGUAACGGCACCAGCAUGAUUUCCCUUAUCAUGCCUCCUCGUGAUCAGAUUUCUCGAGUCACCAAGAUGCUCGGUGAUGAGUUUGGAACUGCUUCAAACAUCAAGAGCAGGGUGAACCGUCAAUCUGUUUUAGGUGCCAUUACAUCUGCCCAACAGAGACUUAAAUUAUACAGCAAGGUCCCUCCCAAUGGACUCGUGCUUUACACUGGAACCAUAGUUACAGAUGAUGGGAAAGAGAAAAAAGUUACAAUUGACUUUGAGCCAUUCAAGCCUAUUAAUGCUUCCCUUUAUCUAUGUGAUAACAAGUUCCAUACAGAAGCUCUGAACGAGCUAUUAGAAUCUGAUGCCAAAUUUGGUUUCAUCAUCAUGGAUGGUAAUGGGACCCUUUUUGGUACGUUAAGUGGAAAUACAAAGGAAGUGCUGCACAAAUUCACAGUCGAUUUACCAAAAAAGCACGGCAGAGGAGGUCAAUCAGCUCUUCGGUUUGCACGUCUUCGAAUGGAAAAGCGUCACAACUAUGUGAGAAAAACGGCUGAGCUUGCGACACAGUUUUUCAUUAAUCCUGCUACCAGUCAGCCUAAUGUUGCUGGACUUAUACUUGCGGGGUCUGCUGAUUUUAAGACUGAGUUGAGCCAGUCUGAUAUGUUUGAUCCUCGUCUGCAAGCUAAGAUUUUGAAUGUUGUAGAUGUCUCUUAUGGAGGUGAAAACGGCUUCAAUCAGGCCAUCGAACUGUCAGCAGAAAUUCUUGCUAAUGUGAAGUUUAUUCAAGAGAAGCGUUUGAUUGGAAAGUAUUUUGAAGAGAUUAGUCAAGAUACUGGGAAGUAUGUAUUUGGUGUGGAUGAUACACUGAAAGCCUUAGAGAUGGGUGCUGUUGAAAUUCUCAUUGUGUGGGAGAACCUGGACAUAAACCGUUACAUGCUUAAGAAUACCACCACAGGUGAAAUUGUCAUAAAGCAUUUGAACAAGGAACAGGAGGCUGAUCAGAGUAACUUCAGAGAUGCAGACACCAAUGCUGAGCUGGAAGUUCAAGAGAAGUUGUCAUUGCUUGAGUGGUUUGCUAAUGAAUACAAAAAGUUUGGAUGCACGCUCGAGUUUGUGACAAACAAAUCUCAAGAAGGUUCACAAUUUUGUAGGGGGUUUGGUGGUAUAGGUGGCAUACUUAGGUACCAGCUUGACAUUCGGUCUUUUGAUGAACUUUCUGAUGAUGAAGCAGCAUAUGAAUCAGAUUAGCAAUCAACCACUUCGCACCUGCUGGUGCAAGGGGAUGUGGCUGAUAGCCAGCACCAGGGCACUCUUCAAGUGACUGACCGGGGCAGCCUUCAAGUGACUGAUCGGGGCUCAAUGAGGUCUAAUGAAGGUUUUGAAGUGGCUAAUCGAGCUGGAAGGAGUUCUCAAGUAGGGUUUGAAGCCGCUAAUCGAGCUUCAAGGAGUACACAAGCAGGUUUUCAAGCAGCCAUUCCAACUUCAACUGGUUCUUAUGAAGGUGGAAUCAGAACGACCAAUGAUGAAUCACACCACACCCCCCACAACUAGAAGCGGUUGUUGCAGUGAAUGAUUCUCAACAUUUUAUUGAUCGAUUCAGUAUACUGUUGAUUGUGGAUCUGCAUUCUGAGCUUUGGCUUGAACAUUAUUUGAUCUAUCAUGGUCUUGGUUUGGGAGGGAUGCCAGGUCGUCUCCUAAAUUAGAGAUUAUUAUGAACCUGUGUGCCGUUUAUAUUCCCAUGACUUGGGUUUUAUUUUGAUUUGCUUUGGAACUUUUAUUUUACCAGACAUAAUUGUGGGUUUUAUAUCAUGGAAAAGCUUUUGUUCUUA